AUGGCACGGCAACGCACAGCACUCGCAGCACUCCUCCUCGCCCUCGUCGCGCUCCUCUGCACCCUCGCACCCGCACACGCGCAGAAGGAAGACUAUGGCACCGUCAUCGGUAUCGACUUGGGGACGACUUACUCUUGCGUCGGUGUCCAACGCAAUGGUCGCGUCGAGAUCAUCGCCAACGACCAGGGCAACCGCAUCACCCCGUCCUACGUCGCCUUCUCCCCCUCGUCCGGCGAGCGCCUGAUCGGCGACGCCGCCAAGAACCAGUACGCCUCGAACCCGACCAACACGAUCUUUGACGCCAAGCGCCUGAUCGGACGCCGCUUUGACGACAAGGAGGUCCAGCGCGACAUGACGCACUACCCGUUCAAGGUCAAGGCCGGCUCGAUGAAGCAGCCCGUGAUCGAGGUCAAGGUCGGCGACAAGAGCAAGACGUUCACCCCCGAGGAGGUCUCGGCCAUGGUCCUCGGCAAGAUGAAGGAGACGGCCGAGACGUACCUUGGAACCAAGGUCACGCACGCCGUCGUCACCGUCCCGGCCUACUUCAACGACGCCCAGCGCCAGGCCACCAAGGACGCCGGCACGAUCGCCGGCCUCAACGUCCUCCGCGUCGUCAACGAGCCGACGGCCGCCGCGAUCGCGUACGGACUCGACAAGACCGGCGGCGAGCGCAACAUCAUCGUCUACGACCUCGGCGGCGGCACGUUCGACGUCUCGCUCCUCUCGAUCGACGACGGCGUGUUUGAGGUCCUCGCCACCGCCGGUGACACCCACCUCGGCGGAGAGGACUUUGACAACCGCGUGAUCGACCACCUCGUCAAGCAGUGGAAGCGCAAGCACGACGGCCAGGACGUCACCAAGGACCUGCGCGCGAUGGGCAAGCUCAAGCGCGAAGUCGAGAAGGCCAAGCGCACGCUCUCGUCGCAGAUGUCGACCAAGAUCGAGAUCGAGUCGUUCUUCCAGGGCGAGGACCUCUCCGAGACGCUCACGCGCGCCAAGUUCGAAGAGCUCAACCUCGACCUCUUCCGCAAGACGAUGAAGCCCGUCGAGCAGGUCCUCAAGGACGCCAACUUCAAGAAGGAGCAGGUCGACGACAUCGUUCUCGUCGGCGGAUCGACUCGCAUCCCCAAGGUCCAGGAGCUCCUCAAGGAGUUCUUCAACGGCAAGGAGCCCACCAAGGGCAUCAACCCGGACGAGGCCGUCGCGUACGGCGCAGCCGUCCAGGGCGGCAUCCUCUCGGGCGAGGAAGGACUCGGCGACGUCGUCCUCAUCGACGUGUGCCCCCUCACGCUCGGUAUCGAGACCACCGGCGGCGUCAUGACCAAGCUCAUCUCGCGCAACACGGUCAUCCCGACCAAGAAGUCGCAGAUCUUUUCGACCGCGGCCGACAACCAGCCGACCGUCCUCAUCCAGGUCUUUGAGGGCGAGCGCGCCAUGACCCGCGACAACCACCAGCUCGGAAAGUUUGAGCUCACCGGCAUCCCUCCCGCGCCCCGCGGUGUUCCCCAGAUCGAGGUCACCUUUGAGAUUGACGCCUCUGGCAUCAUGAAGGUCUCGGCCGCCGACAAGGGAACCGGCAAGACCAACUCGGUCACGAUCACGAACGAGAAGGGCCGCCUGUCCCAGGAGGAGAUUGACCGCAUGGUCCAGGACGCUGAGAAGUUUGCCGAGGAGGACGAGCUUUUGAAGAAGAAGGUCGAGUCUCGCAACGCCCUCGAAAACUUCGCCUACUCUCUCAAGGCCCAGCUGUCCGACUCUGAAGGACUCGGCGGCAAGCUCGACUCGUCCGACAAGAAGACUGUCGAGGCCGAGAUCAAGAAGGUGCAGGACUGGGUCGACAGCGAGGGCGCGACCGCUACCGCCGAGGACUUUGACGAGCAGCGCGAGCAGCUUCAGGCUGCUGUGGCGCCUAUCACGGCCAAGGUCUACUCGAGCGGUGCGGGUGGUGACUCGUCGUCGUCGUCGUCCGGUGGGUACCACGACGAGCUGUAG